AUGGCCGAUCGGGACCAUAACAAGAGAGUUCUCUUGGAGCUUUUGAAACGUCCAGACAACGCCACCUGUGCCGACUGCGGAGCCCCGGACCCAGACUGGGCCUCAUACAAGCUCGGCGUGUUUAUUUGCCUGAACUGUUCCGGAAUCCACCGCAACCUCACCGAGAUUACCCGAGUGAAAUCGAUCCGGCUCGACUUUUGGGAUGAUGACUUGGUUGAGUUUAUGAAAGCUAAUGGCAAUGCUGUGGCCAAGCAGAGAUAUGAGAAGAACGUGCCAGCUUUCUUCUAUAGACCUCAAGCCACUGACUGCGCGGUAUUAAGGGAGCAGUGGAUAAGAGCAAAAUAUGAACGGCUGGAGUUUAGUGGUAACCACAAGGAUCCCCAGGAAACGCACUGCUCUGGUUGCCAUGAGGGGUUUCUUUGGAAAAGGGGAAAGGACAACCGUCAGUUUUUGAAAAGAAAAUUUAUUCUUUCAGAGAAGGAUUUUACACUGAUGUACUACACCAAACAAGUGUCCAAAGGUCCCAAGGCUGUGAUCUCCAUUAAGGAUUUGAACGCCACAUUCCAGCCAGAGAAAAUCAAGCACCCUCAUGGGCUGCAGAUCACCUACCUGAAAGAGGAUCACACGAGGAGCAUCUUUGUGUAUCACGAGGAAACGCAGGAAAUUGUGAGCUGGUUCAAUGCUAUCAGAGCAGCACGCUUCUCAUAUCUGAAAACAGCUUUCCCCACUGCUAGCGAUUCGGAGCUUGUCCCGUGGAUAACAAGGAAUUAUUUAAAAGAAGGGUACAUGGAAAAGACUGGUCCAAUGCAAAGGGAACCCUUCAAGAAACGAUGGUUCAUUCUGGAUUCCCAGGACCGGAAGCUGCUCUACUUCAAGGACCCCUUGGAUGCAGUGGAGAAAGGCAUCGUUUUCAUUGGGAACAAGGAGCACGGAUACAAGGUGACGAAUAUCCUGCCCCAAGGAGUCCGGGGAAACCGCUGGAAGUGCGGCAUCACCGUGGAAACCCCGGAGAGGCAGUUCAUCUUCACCUGUGAGAACGAGAGGGAGCAGCGCGAGUGGAUGGAGGCUCUGAACCAGGUCAUCUCCAAGCCCAUGUCCCCACAGGACUAUACGAUGGAAGCCAACGUCCGACGAAGGCGAUGACAGAGGAGGUGCAGCAGCUGAUAUUUCUGAAGAGACUGGACCGCUACAGCCACGGUCGACCUUAACACACCAGGGGAUCCCCACUAACCCGAACCCUUAAGACAUCAGGGGAUCCCCACUAACCCGAACCCUUAACACAUCAGGGCAUCCCCACUAACCUGACCCCUUAACACAUCAGGGGAUCCCCACCCGCCUGUGAAGCAGCCAGGGAACCCCAUGGGUUAGUCAAAGGGACUCUGAACCAGCGGAGCUGCCAACAGGGGCACUGCCAGAGGCUCUCUUCUGCUUAGCAUGUCUGUGAGCUGAAAAUGAACCAGUCGAUCUUGUGAAACAGGAUUUCAACCCCAACCUGCUUGCAAAAAAAAGACCUGGCCAUAAGUGUCACCCUUCCAGUCGUCCAUUUCAUUACACUGCUUUGUGUUAGCAGUGUAAGCCUGUGAAUAACACCUGGAGGACUUGAAAUGAGAUUUCUAUUUAUUUCAAAAAAUAAUAAAUAAAUAAAGGGCCGAUAUAAAUUCCUAAGGUCGGUUUGCACUGUG